GUAUACACUUCCAAAAGUAUAACUAUCUUCUUCCAACGUAAGCGAUACGUUCUACAUAGCGAAAGUAUUUCUGAAAACGUACUUCAUUUAUUUACCAUUGACGAAUUUGUAAGGUGCGAUCGUGAUCCGUAUCAAGACAAAUCCGCCGUUGCGAAUUAAAAUGGGAGAUGCGGUUGUAGAAAAUGCAAAUGCGCCUGUCAAACCGACCAGCCAAGUAGAAAACGAAGACUAUGCUUCUCAGGAAAAUGCCGAAAUCGCGGCCCAAGUUGUUGACAGCAAACCCACCCCGGAAAAUUCGGAGUAUGAUAGUGCUGGUAGCUACAGUGACUUAGAACCAGGUGAAAUUAGGUCCAGGGGCACUGACCAUGAAAGCCAAGGCUCUGAAUCUGGUUCUGAAGGUAGCCUUAUUCUUGAAAGAGAAGAAGGUGACGGGCAGGAGAGUGCACCCUCUAGGAAGAUUGAUGAUGAUGAGGACAAGAAGAACCCCCAGUACAUACCGAAAAGGGGCACAUUUUAUGAACAUGAUGACAGAACUGCUGAUGACGAUGAAAAAGUUGAAGCAGCAGAAGCAGAGAAGGCUGAUAAAGAUGGGAAAAAGAAAGUCUGGCAAGAUAAAAAAGAAAAAUGGUCACAUGAUAAAUUUAAUGAUAAUGACCAAGCUCCAAAGUCACGGUCAGAACUGAUAGCUAUAUAUGGUUAUGAUAUUAGAAAUGAAGACGGUCCACCCAGGGCAAGGAGGCGCAGGAGAUAUGGUCGUGGCCCAAACAAGUACACAAGGAAUUGGGAGGAUGAGGAGGCUUAUAACAAACCCCCAAUCACUAGGACUAAGAAACCAAUUAAGCCUAAGAGAAACGUAGAAGAAUUCCCGCCCCUUGGGGGAAAUCCAAGGAACGAUAACACUAGUACACGAAAUAGUAGUGAUAGGGAUAUACAAGACAAUGUUGAACGCGAAUCAUCGGAAAGAAUCGCUGAAAACAACGGAAACUUUUUCCCUUCCAAUCAGCAACAAUCAUCCAAUAGUGUUUCGGAAAAUGUUAGGCAGCAUCAUCAAAACAACCCAUCUCAACAAGAAGCAAAUGCCAAUAAGGCAUUACCACAACCGCGGGUGGGUACCGGCAGGGUAGUAAAGCCUAAGAAGGAGAUCAAAGACUCUGAUUAUCGUGGUUUCACCACAAGAAGUCGUCAAGUGAGAAAUGCAAAGGUCGAGCAAAAACCGGUACCCAAUCGUAACCAUGCUAAGAAGGAAGACUUCAUCCAGUCACAGAACUUUACCAACAGGAACAGUGGAAUGCAAGAGCUAGAAAAGGACAUGGGCAAGCUGAACGUGCAGGAGGGCACUAGCCACGGCAAGGGCGGCAAACAACACGCCGCGAACAACGCCCAGCGACAAGGCAGUGUACCACCGCGCCUGCAAUCUGAACAGAAGGGUUCUUCAAAGAGAUACAGUUCAAUGAGACAAAGAUCACUGCCUGAGAGUGCCACUCCACCAAACUAUCCCACAUCUUUCUACCCCAACGAUUAUCCUCAACAAGGUGGCCCUCAAUCAUCCCAAGCUCCACUAUUGCAUACACCGCCCGGCGCCCAGAUGCCGCAACUUUCCCAGCAAGUGCCCGUUACUGCGGCCCCGUUGCUUCAGGCCCAGUUCCCGCCGCCUCCGUUCGCGCAAGCGCCACCGCCUUUCUUGCAGCCUGGCGUGCCGCCGCCCACGCAGUUCAUACCCGCGCCAGCACCCCAGACUGCCCAAAUUCUCAACUACGUUCAGGGACAAGCGGGAUUCCCCGCCGGGUUCCAAGGCUAUCAACAACAGUUUAAUCCUGUAGUUAAUACACCACCUACGGAACUAUAUCAACCACAGGGAGGCAUAACUUAUUACUCGGCUGAUCAACAAGUUCAGUCUCAGAGGCCGGCUCCCCAAAAACGUCCCAAGGCAGCCAUACCGAUUGUAGCACCUCCUGGCAACGAAACGAAAGCCCGCACCAAGAAGGACGAAGAUACUAAUCAAGCUAAUCCAGAUAAUACCGUUGAAAACGCCGUGAUUUCCACUUCCGAAGAGCAAUCUCUUGCUGCGCAAGAAUGAUGUAUAUGUACUAUAUGUUAUCACUAUUAAUUAUAAUUAUUAUGGUGUAGGGCAUAUCUACAAUACUUUGGAGAUUGUCUUACGAGCUUAUUAAA